AUGAAAGCGGAAUGGGCCCAAGCCUGGGCAAACGACAAACACGGGCGCGACCUUUUCAACUUCGGCGUCCGGCCCAGCAAAGCAACACUCUCCACACACAUCAGAACACACAGAGCCAUCAGCACAGUCAUCACUCAAAUGCGCACCGGAAAGAUCGGCCUCAUCCACGGCAUCCCAACCAACUCUCUCAAUAUCAAGGACCAAGAAACCACUAUUCAGCAGAUGCUAGCGGACAAUCACACAGUCAUUCCCAGUGCCAGGAUCUCUUACAUCGGAUGGCUCACGAAGGAGGCCCAUCUAAAGCGCGCAUCGUCGAUUGUGGUUGAAUUUAUAGAACCCGAGAUGGCAAAUGCCAUCAUCUACGCCGGAAUGGUGUGGUAUGGCCAAAUUCACCAAUGCCAACUCUAUGACCGCGCCUGCCGAGUGAAGCAAUGCUUUCGCUGCUAUAACUACGGUCAUAUCGGCACUCAAUGCAACGCAUCCCAAACUUGUGGCUAUUGUGCCGAGCAACAUGAGUCAAAACACUGCUCGCGGAAGGGUGUGGAGGGAUUCGCACCACGAUGCGCAGUUUGCAAAGACGCUCACACUGCAUGGAGCAAUGCCUGCCCAGCAAGAAAGAAAGAACUACAGAGAGUGGAACAAGCCAAGGAAUCCCGCGACAUCUACUGGCAUGUGCCACGGAAGGAGAUGCCGGCACAAUCCGGAAUCACGAACACAAACCACGCCGACAGCACCAGAGAUACCGACGGCAAAGUCAGCAGGAGCAACACGCGCCGUGUCUUAACUCCAGUACCAGCCCCGGCCUCAAGCCCGGCUCCUCCCCGUCUAAUCGCCCGGCGCUCGACAAACGCCCUGAUGCCGAUAGUGGUGGAAGUAGACUCACCACCGGCAGUGCAGGACCAACAAAUACCGCAGGCCACGCAAACCGGGACCGCACCAGAACUAAUAAUGACACCAACAGCACCGAGCCCAUCAGUGGAAGAUAUUUGGAUGAACCCAGAGCUCACGGCCGAAUGUACUGAGCAGUCUACCAUCGAUCCACAGCUCACGACUACCGAUGAGCCUACCGCAGCCACACCUACGGCAUAUCCAGAGGAAGGAGUGCUCGGUUUCUCAACACAAGAAGCCGACGACUGGCUACAAAGAAUCGACUUAGACAAUUGGGUGGACGAGGCUGAAGAGGAUGAGUCGUCCCCACUUACAUCCGUGGCAACAGACACCCGCACGGCCCAAGGCCGGAUCUACAAGGCGUGUAACUGCCCUGAACAUCAGGAAAUCUACAGCAACUGGCCAACGGAGAAUGCGGAGUUGACGAUCACCCGGUGUAUGAAGACAUGCAUGUAUUGUGGAAAAGACUUUGAAAACGCCGCAGACCUGCGCAAGCACAUGAGGAGGAAAAAGUACGCAACACGAAACAUCUCGGUAGCCAUUCAAACUGGGGUACAACGUCAGGAAAUCCAAGGAAUCGUCCUCGCAAGCCUCUUCCAGAAUGGAGGAAUCGCGGACUACGACAUUAUUGCGAUCCAAGAACCUUGGCGUAAUCAAUUUAUUAACACAUCCUUCCAUCCCCUCAAAACACAUUUUCAGCUCAUGUACCUCGACAACCCGGCAACGCGAGCGUGCCUCUAUAUCAAUAAACGUAUCAGCCCCAGCACGUGGCAGGUGACAUACGUCUCAGCGGAUAUCAUCUCUCUCACAAUCAGCAACUCAGGUGACGACAAUCCGAUCCACUUGUGGAACGUAUACAACGAGGUGGGAACCGAUACACUAUCGAUCUUAGCAGAGGCUCUCAGCCAGCAGCAUCAACAUCACGAAAUUAUUUUGCUCGGAGAUUUCAAUCUACAUCACCCUCUCUGGUCAACACGACAUCACCGAGGGGUGGCAAGGUCGCGAGCAGACGAGCUUCUCACUAUCUUGGAAAACUUCCAGCUUCAACUCCUCACGGUGCCAGGCACUGCAACGCACAUAUGGAAGGAUGGAGACUCAACAAUCGACCUGACGUUCGCUACAGAGACGUUGGCAGCUCGCACAAUUCACUGCAAGAUUGCCAAUCAACUGGACUGCGACUCAGACCACCUCCUAUGGAUGUGGCAAUUGACUGGUAUUUUCAGCCAGCGACACUGGCAAAGAAGCGUCUGGGCCAAAACGGAUGUACAGUUACUGAGGAGAAAAGUGAAAGAACUCCUACCCAACGGGCUAGAAGCAGAAAGGUUGAGUAGCAACGAUGAAAUUGAUGCCUGCGUCACUGCCAUUAUCAAGGCACUAGACGCAGGCAUUAACGAGUCAACGCCGUGGUCUAACCCAUCUCCGCGUUCAAUCCCAGGAUUUGACGUGGAAUGCAAGGAAAUCUGCAAGGAAGUUCAACGGCUCCGUCGCACAUGGCAGCGAACAAGACACGACGAAGACUAUGAAGCAUACCGGCAAGCUUGCAAUCGAAAAGGACGCCAUAUUCAGAAGACACUCCGCAACUCGCAUCGACAGAGGGUGGAGGAGGCUUCCACAUGCCGAUCGGGCCUGUGGAAAUUGGUAAAAUGGGCAAAGAAUAGGCAUACACCACCCUCAGCCUGCACACCAGCUCUGGUUACGCCCGAUGGCGGGCUGGCCGAAGGGCCGGAGGAAAAGGCCGAGGUGCUGCGCCAGUCAUUCUUCCCACCACCUUCGCAGGCCGACCUGUCGGACAUUGAAGGUUACCAAUACCCUGCAGCGAUCGAGUGUCCCGCACUUACUUCAGCGGAAAUUAAGAAAGCAGUGAAGUCCGCAUCCCCAAAUAAGGCACCAGGCAUGGACGGAAUUAUCAACGGUAUUUUACACGAAACCCUCGACAUCCUCCUUCCGCACCUUCACAAACUCUUCAAUGCAUGUCUCGAACAGGGAAAAGACGACUAUUCACAACCUAAGUCGUACCGCCCAAUUGCCCUUCUCAACACGUUGGGAAAGGUGCUGGAUGGUGUGAUUGCAAACCGACUGGCUUAUUUAGCCGAUACCUUUCAACUACUGCCCCGUCGGCACACUGGAGGGCGAAAGCUCACCUCAACAGAGCACGCAAUGCAUAUGCUCCUUCAGCGCAUACAUCAGGCCUGGUCUGAAAGCAAAGUCGCCACGCUACUGCUACUGGAUGUGUCGGGCGCCUACGACAAUGUUUCUCACGAGAGACUCCUACACAACCUUCGGAAGCGCCGGAUUGAUACAAAAAUCGUUCGCUGGGUAGCUUCGUUUCUCAGUGAUCGGUCGACAACACUAAAACUACAGGAAUACACGGCGCCAUCGGCACCGAUUAAGACGGGAAUCCCGCAAGGAUCUCGCAUGUCACCCUAUCUCUACUUGUUUUACAAUGCAGAUUUGGUAGAAGAUUGCAAAACCGAAAAUACAGAAGCGGUAGGAUAUAUUGAUGACGUAUCUAUUCUGGCAGUCGGGCCUUGUUCAGCUCGCAACUGCAAAACCCUCAAAGCCGUCCACCGCAAAGCUGAAGAAUGGGCCGCUGAACACGGCUCACAAUUUGCACCUGCUAAAUACGAGCUUGUGCAUUUCACCAGAGACUCGAAGGCGAAUUGCACGCAUGCGCUCCGUCUGCCACAUACCAAGGUGAAAGCAUCCCCAUCGUGCAAGUACUUAGGCGUCCAAAUGGACACGAAACUGCGAUGGGACUAUCACCGAGAGAAAUUAGAAGCUGGAGCUACCUCGAGACUGUCUGCUCUCUCGGCUCUGGCCUCGUCAUCAUGGGGCACAGGUCUGAUGAAUCUUCGUCAAGUAUACAGAGCUGUGAUCGUACCCCAGAUGCUAUAUGGCUGCUCAACAUGGUUCAUACCUGGCUCGGGAUACAGAAACAGAGGAAGCUCGAUGAUAAGUGCUAUUAAGAAGGUACAACGACGCGCGGCACAGAUCAUCACGGGAGCGUUCCGGACGACAGCGGGUGGCGCAGUCGAUCUCGAGGCGCAUCUGCUACCAGUGCUUCAGCAGCUUGAGCAAACGGCGGUUGAAGCAACGCUGCGCAUUAGAACAACACCGCUUUUCAACGACAUGGCGGUGAUCGAAAGAGCUGGGGAGAGGGAGUACCAACUUCGCAACGCGGCGAGCCCUCUUGACCGAUUUUCAACAAUAUUGGAGGACAAGUUCGGCGUCCAACUCAAUCAACUCGAAAAACGCCAGCCUCAUGUGGUGCCACCUUGGUGGACGCCACCGGUUGUUCACAUUGCAAAAACGGCUGCAAAGGCCAUCAAAACGCACGAUGCCAUAGAAUCAGGGACGAUCUGUAUAUACACUGACGGCAGCGGCAUUAACGGCCACGUCGGCGCAGCUGCGGUCGCACCUGAUCUCCAGUUCGAUGGCAUCAGCGCAAAACGGACACAGUACAUGGGCAUCUCCGACGUAUUCACAGUAUACGCCGCGGAGCUCCUCCAGCAUACAGCGAGGGCUGGAACGCAUGCACUGGUACACAUCAUGUACUGGGAUCGCCAUGUACUAGGAUACGGUAUGUACUGGGAUAUAGCAUCUACUGGCUAG